CAGACUCUGACCCUCCUCCACUCAAGUUGUUCUCUUUCUUAGAAGGCGUGUGCUCGAUUCUUCCAUGCAUCGUCGAAAGAUCGGCUCCUGUUACCAGUCCCCUAACAGAUGUACGUCUCCUGACCAGACAGCAGAGAACAGUUGAGGGUUCAUGCGACAACGAUGAGUAUUUUCUUCUUCUUCUUGUUGGUCUUCACUUACCGCUUCACUGUUGUAAACACACACAAACUUAGCCUGUAAAAGCAUGUGCUGACACAUUCGACGUGAAACUGAAAGUGUGUCGCUCUACGUUGUACCAAUUUGUUUCGUCCCUCUAUCAACAUGUCGCGUCUAAUUGUAAAAGGACUUCCCAGUAACAUUUCUGAAGAAAGCCUUCGUUCAAAAUUUUCCGAGAAAGGUCUUGUUACCGAUGUCCAGCUGAAGUAUAAAAAUGGAGUGUUUCGUCGAUUUGGAUUUGUGGGAUUUAAGAAAGAAGAUGAUGCCAAAGCAGCUCUUGAAUUCUUCAAUAAUACAUGCAUUGGGUCAUCAAGAAUUCAAGUUGAAGUUUGUGCAGAUCUAGGCUCAUCUGACAAACCUAGGGCUUGGAGUAAAUAUGCAAAAGGUACCACUGCGUACCUUAAGCUACAUCCAGAUGAAGCUCCUAAGGAACAAGAACCACAGCCUGAAAAAAAAUCAUCAAAGGAUAAGGGCAAAAAGAGUGGAAUUCAAGAUCCGAAAGUCACGGAGCUUUUGGAAAAAUACAAGGAUGACCCUCAAUUUAUCGAGUAUAUGGAAAUGCAUUUGGGGAAAAAUGCUAUGUGGAGUAAUGAUGUUCUUGGUGGUACAGGAGAUGGGCCAGCAGUUACUGAAAAGACGAUGGAGGAACUCCAAAAUAAAACCAUCAGUACUAUUCCUGAGGAAGAUUUAGCUUCGGCAAAAAUAUCUGAUUUUGAGUAUCUUCGAAGAAAAAUGGUCAAAAGUAAGAAGAAAAUAGAUGCUGAGGAGAAAGAGGUCUCUUCUGAGAAAUCAGACCCUGGCAGUAAACUUGUCAAAGUUGAGAAGAAACACACAUUCUAUUAUGUGAAAUUACGUGGUCUCCCUUACAAAGCCAAGAAAAAGCAGAUUAAGGAGUUUUUCAAUCCUCUUAAGCCAAAGUCAAUACGUAUUCCAACAAAGAUUAAAGGCAUUGCGUAUAUAGGUUUUGGAACGGAAAAAGACUGCAAGCAAGCCCUUAUUAAGAAUCGGAGUUUCAUGCAGGGAAAGAGAAUCAUCAUAAUGCCCUAUGAUGAGAACAAAACUAACAUAGAGACUGAAUCUAAGAAUGAAGAAGACAAAUUCAAACAGCAAGAAGAAAGCUUGAAUAAUGAAGAAACAAUUGCUGAGUCUGGAAGAAUUUUUGUGCGAAAUUUACCUUACACUGUUACAGAGGAAGAAAUUCAAGAGCUAUUUUCUAAGUUUGGUGAACUAAGCGAAAUUCUUUUACCAAUUGACCAACGUACAAGGAAAGUGAAAGGGUUUUCCAUUGUAACCUUCUUACUUCCUGAGCACGCUGUACGAGCAUAUUCGGAACUUGAUGGUAAAGUGUUUGAGGGCAGAAUGUUGCAUCUAUUACCUGCCAAAAGCAAGCCAUCUAUUGAUGAAUUACUUGAACAAGAGGGAUUGGACUUUAAAAAGAAGAAAGCUUUGCUUUUGAAGAAAAUGGCUACCUCCUCACAUAAUUGGAACACACUGUUUUUGGGACAAAAUGCUGUGACGGAUCUUAUUGCUGCUACAUACAACACUACUAAAGAACAGGUGCUGGAUGAUAGUGGCAAGGGAAGUGUGGCUGUCAGAUUGGCUUUAGGAGAAACUCAGAUUGUAUCAGAAACAAAAAAGUUUCUCCUCGACAAUGGAGUUCAACUGGAUGCAUUUAAUAAGCCUUCAUCCCAGAGAUCUAAAAAAGUUAUUCUUAUAAAAAAUUUGCCUGCCAAAACUAGUGCACCUGAAAUUCGUGAACUAUUUGAACCUCAUGGUGUCCUUGGAAGGGUUAUUUUGCCACCUAGCGGUGUUACAGCUGUUGUGGAGUUUAUGGAUAAAAUAGAAGCCAAGAGAGCAUUUUUAAAAUUGGCUUAUACAAAGUUUAAAAAUCUCCCUCUUUACCUUGAGUGGGCACCAGAGGGAGCGUUAAUAGAGUCAGAGCAAACUGCUUCUAGAGAUCUGUCUCAACUUGAGAACAACAAAAAUGAAGAGAGAAAGGAAGUAGGUAGCGGUCAAAUAGAAGAGGAAUUAGAAGUGGAACCUGAAACUACCCUGUAUCUUAAAAAUCUUAGCUUUAAUUCUACUGAAAAAAAUAUCAGAGAACAUUUUGAAAAGUAUGGAACUAUUGCGAAUAUAAUGGUUGCAACCAAACCCAAUCCAAAAGUUCCAGGUGAACGCCUUUCACAAGGUUUCGGUUUUAUUCAGUUUCAUAAGAAGAGUAGUGCAGAUAAUGCCUUGAAGUAUCUCCAAAAUUCCGAUCUUAAUGGUCACAAAAUAGAAAUCAAGAGAUCUCAUAGAACAUUGAAAUCUGACGUCAAUCCAAGGAAGUCAGUGAAUCAGGCUAAACCAACAGGCACCAAAAUUCUUGUCAGAAAUAUUCCUUUCCAAGCAACAAAAGAAGAAGUAAUGGAAUUGUUCAAGGUGUUUGGAGAAAUUAAAACACUUCGACUACCUAAAAAGAUGGUAGGAACAGGUUCCCACAGGGGAUUUGCGUUUGUUGAUUUUCAGUCCAAAAAUGAUGCCAAGAAUGCCAUGGAAUCUCUCUCCCAGAGUACUCAUUUGUAUGGACGCCGCCUUGUGUUAGAGUGGGCUGCAUCUGAUGAGGAUGAUGUUGACGCCUUACGUAAACGUACAGCUGACCGUUUUGCGUCUGAUGAACCCUAUGCCAAAACCUUUAGGAAAGGUGUGUUUGACAUGAAAUCAGCUUCUAAAACAAAAGCUGAUGAUGACGAUAGUGAUUAAAGUGGUAUGUAUUGAAUUAAACCUUGUAUAUUGAGCAGAGCAUUUCCUCUGGAACUACCAUUGGCUGGAAUCGCAGCAUAACUACACCAUACCUUAUUAGGAAAACAUGAAAUCUUUAUUUAUGUUAAA